UUUUGUGACCAUAAAUGGGUCAUUUUCAAAAGGAAAUACCCGCGCCAUGCCAAUGUUGUGAAAUUGAAUUGCGUUCUUUGUUUAUAAAAAAAUAUCUUUUGAUGUCCCAAAUAAAUGAGAGUUGUGUUGAAGUCGGAAAUAGCCCUAUUUAUACAGGAAACAUAACAUAUGAAGAUAAAGACAAUCGUUGCCCUUUGAAGUUGGUGAACUCUGGUUGUACGAGUGAUGAAUUAGUUAUGGAUGUUCCCAGCACUCCAGCAAACAUUGAUGACAGUAUUAAUUCCGACUGUCAAAUCUUGGCGCCUAACAAUGAACAGCUAAUAUACAUUAAUCUUGGCUCCGAUAUUGAAGAUGCUGAUGAAAUUCCACACGGAGUUGGCAAUUUGGAACGAGUGGAGGAUGAGCAUGAGGCUGGUCUGGUCGCCAAUUACGCAAGUGACGAGAAUGCCAUAUUUGUUAGUGCUGACAUUUAUGAGCGAGAGAAAUCCAACUUUGACGAGCUUGUUCAAAACACGCUUAAAGCUGAGAAGCGGAAGGUACAGCUGGAAUCUCAAGAUAAGUAUGCGUCUGAUUUGGACGCGGCUGAAAAGGAUGUACUCCAGCUAAAUGCUCGACUUGCAUUGAUGUCCCAAUACAUCGAUAAUUUGCGAGUGGAAAGUGAACAAGGCAAUAAAGAUAAACCAGGUCCUAAUUCCGAGGCUGGAGCUGAAGCAGAUGAGAAGCCCAGUUGGUCACAUAUAUAUGCUGGAGUCAAUCGACAUCGACACAUCGCAGGUGGCAGCGUGGCCGAGUUUUAUCAACAUAAAACCAACAUUAUCUCUGGGCUGAAGACGCUCUAUGAACCCGACGGGCCUCCGCCCAGUGCAUCCGAGUUUACCAUACAACCAAAGGCGCUGCUUGUGCCGCUGCUGCCACAUCAGACCACGGGCCUUAAGUGGUUGUUGUGGCGCGAAGCUCAGAAAGUCAGUGGUGGCAUAUUGGCUGACGACAUGGGGUUGGGUAAAACACUAAGCAUAAUAGCGCUGAUCGUGGCAGCCAACGAAAAUAAGCGACUGGCUAUGCCUAAAGUCAAAACCGACUUUGAUUAUAAGAAAUCGUUUGAGCAUCAACUACAGCUGUUCAAUAAACUUAAAACACCUUGGAAACGCAUUAAUAUUCUCGAGAGCGAUAGCGAAGAUGAACCAGAUGUAUUACCACCCAAACGCCCAUUUCUGCCAUACGAAGAAGCUGAUGAUGAGCGUCUUCUGUUGCCUAACGACGAGUGCACUUACAAUGCCGGCACCUUAAUCGUCUGUCCCAUGAGCGUGAUGUCGCAGUGGGCUGCCGAGGCAACCACUAAGGUGAAGCACAAGGAACUUAACGUGCACACGUAUCAUGGACCAGAUCGUCGUGCCAUUAGUGUCUCAGACUUGCGCAGUAUGGAUCUGGUCAUCACAUCUUACAACACUCUUGUCUCUGAAUGGAAGCGUUUUGGCAGCGACUCGCGGCUGUUCAGCUCACGUUGGGAACGUUUGGUGCUUGAUGAGGCGCACAUCAUACGCAACACGAAGACUGUCUGUUUUGGGACCGUCACCAACAUUAAGGCCCAGCAUCAUUGGGCGUUAACUGGAACCCCCAUACAGAAUUGCGCCUUGGAUUGCUUUGCUCUCCUUAAGUUCCUGAGUGUGCCGAAUUUUAAAGAUCUGACGCUAUGGCGUCGCUAUCUCAACCAAGGCAUUGCCGGUCACUGCCGCAUGAGCUAUCUGAUAAAACCCCUGAUGUUGCGACGCACCAAGUUGCAACUGCAGUUGGCAGGGGAAAUGCCCGCGCUGCCGCCGCUGCAGGUGAAACUAAUCGAUGUACAGUUGACACCGGCAGAAAUUAACGUUUAUCAAAUACUCUCCGCAAUAUCUUUGAGGAUAUUUGCUCAGUUCUUGCGGCAACGCGAACAAAACAAUCAAGAUCUUCACUAUUAUUCUGUGCAGACCACACCCAACUUUAUUGUCGAUGAAGUCGAUAGUAAAUACAAGGCGAUAUAUGAAAAUUUCUUACGCUCCAUUGGAUACGAUCCAAGGGAACGUGUUCAAGGAAUUUUCAUUUUGGUUCUUUUACUACGAUUACGACAAUUCUGCUGUCAUCCGGGCCUCAUGGUAAAGAUGCUCUGCAAUGAGUUUAAUUUAUCUGCAGAUGAGGAUGACCAGGACGAGUUGGAAAGUGAGCAUCUGAAUAUCAACGGCCAGGGCACAAUUGAGAAGAGCACUUUUAGCGCCAUCAAGAGUGAGAAAAAUCCAGUUAAAGAAGAAAGUGAUGUAAGUCGACCUUCGACAUCUUCUCAGGAUACAAAAUUGAAUAAGAAAGAGAGAAAAAGUAAUAUCAGAACAUCAUCACCCACCAUAGGAGAAAAUAUAAUUAAAAAAGAAGAGUGCCAAAGUGGUAUUAAAUAUGAGGAAGACACACUUCAUACAUCUAUGACAAUGGCAACGGCAAUGAAACUAUUGAAUCCAAGCAAUCCGAUAUUUGAAUUUAAACGCGACUCUUCUAAACUGCGAAUGGUAUUUGAGAUACUGCAAAAGCUGCUCCAAGAGACAAACGAUAAAAUCAUUGUUGUCUCCCAAUGGACCAGUUACCUAGCUGUUAUUAAAAACCGAUUGGAUGAGAUGGGUCAUGAGACACUCGACUUCAAUGGCAAAAUGGAUGCAAGUGAGCGAAGCGAGUCGCUAAGUGAAUUCAACAAUACGAGCAACAAUAAGCGCAUCUUGUUGCUCUCAUUGACUGCUGGCGGCGUUGGACUCAACCUGAAUGUGGCCAAUCACUUGCUUAUGGCUGACUUGCAUUGGAAUCCUCAGUUGGAGCGCCAGGCACAGGAUCGUAUCUAUCGCUAUGGACAGAAGAAGCCUUCGUUUAUUUAUCGCCUUAUGUGCAAAGACACUGUGGAGCAACGUAUUAAGGCACUGCAGGAUUACAAAAUUGAAAUUUCGAAUGUGGUCUUAAAUCCUGGUCAAGCAUUGCAUAUCUCUGGUAGCAAUGGUCUCUCAUUGAAGGACCUGAAAAAGAUUUUUGGUAUGCAAUAAUUUGAAGUCAAUCAUAUCUGACACGUCAUCAGACCAAAGAUUGCUUUUUCUAAAUUACUAAUAGGAAUUCUCUUUAAAUAUAUUACUUGAAUAUAACACGGUGGCAUUAUAAAACUAUAUACGCCAUGAACUAAACCGAUUCUAAAUAAGAAAUCUUAUACAAUCUGCUAAAUUCAUAAAAAUUUCAAAUUUUUCAAUAAUUUGAAGAAUCUUCGGUUUCUAGCGUAAGAUCUAAGUAAUUAAUGCUAAUUACAAUAUUAAUAACUUUCGUAAAAGUUACCAAUUUUUCCAUAUUUGUGAAACAAGCUAAAGCAAAAAACCCUCAAAAAUAAUACCUCCUUAUUAGUGUAAGAAGAAAGAUAUUGAAUUAAUUUACAUGUUUCUAUGUAGUUAGAAAUUUUUGUUUAAACUUAAAUGUAUUCUGGCUAACCAAAAAAUUCAUUGCAAUG